AUGCUGGAGCUGAGACUGGAACACAGGACCCCGACCAUCACCUCCACCACCUCCGGACAUGUCAAUUUGCCUUCAAGUCGGCCACUGUCCUGCAUCACCACCCCAGCUUCCAGGAAAAUACUGAGCCACACAAGGCACCAAACUGCCUCCUUUGUCUUUCAGCUCCGGCCAAGGACCCCAGCCUCUCUUUCUGGAGCACUCAGCUUUGACUUGGGUCCCAUAUCCAGCUCUGUCCUGACUUGCGGGUCCACUUUAGAAAAGUCAGGAGACUCCUGGGGAAAUAAGGCAAUGGCCUCCUCCAGUCUCAUUGCUCCGUGGCCACCAGAGACCCUGGGAUCCACUUAACACCGCAACAUAUCCUCACCAUGCCAGAGACUGGGCGGUUGGCCGGGAGCAGCCUUUGCAAUCCCAGAGCUGACAUUCCACAGCGCUGUGCACCAAAGCAAGGCCUGUUAGUGAUAUUUAAAAGCAUCUCUCUCUCUUGACAUCAGAAUCAAUCUUCUGGGAAGAUCCCCCUCAUCUCCACCUUCCCUAAUACAACUGAACAGAGUUCAAGCAAGACACAGUUGGCAAGUUAUCCACUUCCCACCUUGCUUUCUUGGCCAGGAAGAUGGGGAUGCUAAGAGGGCAUGUGCCACAGGACAGUUUUAGAUAAUACAUGAGGAUGUCAGUGUAGAGCCCAAUAGCACAAGGCACGGCCUUUCACAUCAACUGGCAUUUACUGAGCACUGGUAUGUCAGUUCCUUUUCCACAGAAUACUCACAGAAAACAUAUGUGCACACAUGCUGCCAUAACCAAUGA